CGGUGUCGUCUGUCUAAUCUAGCGGUGUCGUCUGUUGUGUUUCAGGACUACUGGAAGUGCUCGAAGUGUGAGGAGUUGAACCCUCCCCUGCCCCGUAACUGCAACCGCUGCUGGAAGCUAAGAAAGGACUGGUUUCCCCAGUCUGACAGCAACUCUGCUAUCACCACCACCACCACCACCAACCUCAAACCUUCGUCCCCCAAGCUUUCCCCAGGCCCGACAGAGACAGACGAGACCGAGGCUGAAGGACUGGAUGUCCCAGACGGGAAGAGAGCCCAGUCGCCCCUUCCCCUCCUCAAAGACUCCCAGGAAUUGGUGUCCGUCUCUGGCCCCGAUUCCAAAGAGUCAGCCUGCUCCUCCCAGCCCUCCACCUCUUCUUCUUCUUCCAGUGGUGUAGGCUCAGGCUCGUCCUCUAGCGCCCCCUUCAGCCAGGAAGUGAUGGCACCAGACCUGGAGCGCUUCAACAGCCAGGAGGCUCACCUCCCCGCCAGCUGCCUGGAGCCCUGCGUCAUCUGUCAGACCAGGCCCAAGAACGGCUGCAUUGUACACGGACGCACCGGACACCUCAUGGCCUGUUACACCUGCGCCAAGAAACUGAAGAAGAGGAACAAGCUGUGUCCAGUCUGCAGGGAGCCCAUCCAGUCCGUCGUCUUCAUUUAUCUCAGCUGAGGACGGCUAUCGGCUAGACUGGCUGGCAUCCCAAAUAGAAGUCUAUUCCCUAUGUAGUGCACUACUUUCAACCAUGGCCCAUAGGGCUCCGGUCAAAAGUAGUGCACUAUAUAGGGAAUAGGGUGCCAUUCUCUGGUCUAAAGUAGUGCACUACAUAGGGAAUAGGGUGCCGUUUAGGAUGUAACCUAUAGCUACACCCACUCCCUGAUCCAAAACACCAUACCUCAGAAUUAAUAAAUGUGUAUAUAUGUUUCAUUGUUUAUUUGGAAGUGGUUUUAUUUCUGAACGGUCUAAGUGUCUUGACUCUACCAAGCAAGGUGCCAGUUGUUGAUUUGUGAUGGAUUUAUAGUGAUAAUAAUCUCCUGAUGUGUUCUAUCUAGGGUUUCAAAUGGAUCAAAUUCUGUUAGCAGUGAUAUAUUCACUUUAUUUUAUUAGUUUGAUUUGAAUAAAGUAUGUCUAUCAAAAUAACACUUAUAUAUUGGGAACUAUGGUCGUUUUUGUUGUUUUAUUUUUCACCUAGUCUUCCCUCUAUCCUGCACAGAUGAUUUUGAUAAUGAUAGUCUUAUAAUUGGAUCUAUAAUGAUAUGGGGUAAAUCUAUGUGAAAGUCAACGUUCACCGGCAGAAAGAGACAUUUGUUGUUUGUUGUUGCCGAGGGGACUACUUUUCAUUAAAUCUCAGCAAACAUGCCCUAUUCCCUUUAUAGUGCACUACUAUUGACCAGGGCCCAUGGGGUGCCAUUUGGGCUGCACGCUUAACACUGAAGCGCUGCUACUUUCUCAAGUCUCAACCCGGGCAAGCCAACUGACUGAAGUUAAACAUUUAAGGCUGUCGUUAUGCCGUUGGAGCGCUGAAGAGACCUUUGAAUGAUAUUAAAAUCAGGUUUUGAUUUG